GGCAACGUAAUUAAAGUAGUUUGCUAGACAAAGGCCAGUAAACAUCAACGGCUAUAUAGCCGUUAAAUUUGAGUAUUCAUUCAGACAAGUAUACGCGCGUAACAAGUUUCUUUUCCUUUCGUCUUCACUUUUAAUUUAUUGACACACUGCCACCACUCUUUUUGUUCAAACGUUGAGUGUUAUUCCACUUGAAUAUUUAGAAAUUUGGAAGUUAAUCUUGUACUAUAAAGAUUGGUGUUGUGUAGCUCAACUCCAUUUACAAUGAUUGUAGCAUUUUUGUACUGUAUCAUUUAUAUCAUUCUGCUGUUGAAGUUUGUGUCCGUUAUAACUAAAGGAAUAUGCCGAUCAAACGCAUGUUUAGUGGGAAAAACUGCGGUAAUUACAGGAGGAAAUUCAGGAAUGGGGUAUCAAUGUGCUUUAAAUCUGGCUUCUCGGGGUUGUCGCAUUAUAAUAGCUGAUGUUGUGGAUUCUAAACAUUCGGUAAAGACAAUAAUUGAAAAAACUGGAAAUCCAAACAUUAAAUAUAUGCACCUGGAUUUGGCAAGCUUUGCAUCAGUGCGUAAGUUCGCCGCCACCUUGAAGAAUGAUGAAAAACGGCUUGAUAUUUUAAUCAACAAUGCUGGCUGUGGGGGAUUUAAUACAAAAAGUGAAGAUGGAAUCUAUAAAGUCCUACAGAUUAACUAUUUGGGUCACUUUUUGCUGACUCAUUUACUGGCAUCACUACUGAAAGAGACAAAAAAAUCCCGAGUUGUGUUUGUGAGUUCAUUAUUGGCGUUCACAAACGAUCUUAAAAGUGGCGAUACAAUUAACAGAUUGACAAAAUUGCCGCAUUUUGAUGAAACAUUUAAUUAUGGCAACUCUAAAGCUGCUAUGCUCGCAUCUGUAAAUAUAUUUGCCGAGCGGUUUAAACAACAUGGUGUCCUUGUCGCUGCAAGUCAUCCAGGAAUCGUCGAUACUGGAAUAUUUACAACUUGUGUCACAAACACAAAAAAGAACGACUUUAAAAUGCGCCUGUUUUAUGGAUUCAUUUUUAUAAUUGUCAAAUUAGUUGGAAAGACACCAGUUGAAGGUAUUCAAAGCACAUUGCACUGUACUUUGGCAUCCAAAGUGCAACCUGGUGCUUUCAUCGUUGAUUGCAUGAGUUUCCCAAAACCGUGGAUGUUAACCGACGAAUUUUGCAAAGAAAUAUGGGCUGAAAGUUUGCGUCUCGCUGCCAUCAGCGAAGAUGAAGAAAUUAAAUAAAUGCGUUAUUAUUAUUGUUUUAGACGCAUAGAAAAUUUAAUCAAGUGAUGGCAUCAAUUUACAUGAUAUUAAUUAAAAAAUACUAAACUAAA